UAACAAUGCACCACGGCGGCGCGGCGCGGCGCGGCUCUGUCACCUCCUCCCGGGCGUCUCCAUGCCGGCGCCGCCUCUCCCCGGACUCUUGGUCGGCCUCGCCCGCCGCGCGACGACUCUGGUGGCGGCGAGGCAGCUCCACGCGCAGCUCCUCCUCCGUGGCCUCCCGCUCCCCGCCCGCGCCGCAGUCGCCCUCAUCGCCUCGUCCCCUUCCCCGCGUCACGCCCGCGCCGUCUUCGACAGCGCCGUCCCCGCCGACCCCGCCAACGUUUAUCUAUGGACUGCCACCAUUGCUGCCUACGCCAGGCACGCGUCGUCCUCGGCCAAGGAAUCGCUCGUGCUUUUCCGGCUCAUGCUCCGGCGCGGCCCGCGCCCGAAUGCCUUCACGGCGAACCCCGUGAUCAGGUCCUGCUCGGCUCUGCGAGCCGUCCGAGAAGGGCUCCAGGUGCACGGGUUCCUGGGGAAAUCAGGGCUGGAAUGCUCUGCGCACGUGGGCGCUGCGUUGCUUGACAUGUAUGGGAAUCUUGGCCGGGCAGAGGAUGCGAGGAGGCUGUUUGACGAAAUGCCUGUGAGGAGCGUGGUGCUUGGGAACACCCUGGUGGCUUGCUAUGUCAAGGCAGGGAAUGUGGCGGCUGCACAGGAGGUGUUCGACGCAAUGGUGGAGAGGGACUCAAUUUCUUGGAAUACACUCAUGUCGGGGUACUUGCAACAGGGGGAGGCUGCUGUCGCAAGGGGCUUGUUUGAAGAGAUGCUGGAGAGGAAUGUGAACAGCUGGAACAUGAUGAUCUCUUUGUGCUCGGAGGAGGGGUCGUGGGCUGAUGCAGUCAGGGUGUUCAAUCGGAUGCGUCUUUCAGGGUUCCAACCUGAUGCCGCGACGAUGGCAGUGUUGAUGUCUGCCUGUGCACAGCUUGGUUCUUUGUCAGUUGCAAGACAAGUUCAUGGACUUUUGACGAAGGGUUGUGUCGAAAUGAACUGCCAUGUGCAGAAUUCAUUGGUUGACAUGUAUGCCAAGUGUGGUAGCGUCAGCCAAGCCCAUUUCUUGUUUUUAGAGACACAUCCAAAGGAUAUUGUCUCUUACAAUGUGAUGAUCAGUGCUCUUGCGCAGCAUGGACACGGCAGAGAUGCACUUGAGAUUUUCAAUAAGAUGGCUGAGGAAGGGUUGCAGCCAGAUUGGGUCACUUUUCUUGGUGUUCUAUCAGCCUGUGCUCAUGCUGGACUAGUUCAUGAUGGAAAGCGCUAUUUCGAGUCCAUGAGAACAACCUAUGCGAUUGAGCAGUCGCGGGAUCACUAUGCUUGCAUGGUGGACCUAUAUGGCCGAGCUGGGCUCAUUGAAGAAGCACUCUUCUUAGUGCGGACAAUGCCAAUGAAGCCACAUGCAGGUGUCUGGGGUGCCUUGCUCAAUGCCUGCAGGAAGCAUUGCCAUGUUGAAGUGGGUAAGAUCGCAGCAAGAGAACUCAUUAAGAUAGAACCAAAGAAUCCUGGCAACUAUGUGCUCCUCGCAAACACACUUGCUCAAGGUCUGCGAUGGGGUGCUGUUGAGACUGUGUGGCAAUCAAUGUGAGGAAAGGGUAUUGACAAAACGGUAGGGUGCAGCUGGGUUGAAGUGGACAGUGUUGUUCAUGAGUUCUUGAUGGGAGAUUUCAGCCACCCCAAUUUUGAUGAGAUUUACAGUAGGCUGGAGCAUUUUUAUCUGCAAAUGACUUAAGAUCGGAGUUGCUGUAUACGAAAGUAGAGGUGGUCACUUCUUAUGCUGGAUUUCUUUAUACACAAUAACAUGACAUACAACGAUGAAGAAGUUUACAUCCAAGAGUUUGACUAGGAGAGGUCUCAAAAGCUGAAGGUUAUGACUUCAAGUGUAACUUUCCAGAGGUGCUUUCUCAAGGAUAAUUUCGUUUCACAAUGACUGCAAAAACAGUGCAAUGUGUGCGAAAAGGUGCCAAAUCCGAUCCAGGUAUGGUGUUGUGACUUGUGAGCUAAUUUAUGUCAGAACUGCAUAUACUUGCACAUAAGUAUUAUUAAGGUAGUGUCAGAAAUGAUGCAGCAUUGCAGAUAGAUUGAUAAGUAGAAUGACAGAUAUUGAUAUCAUGUAUGUGUUGAAAGCUGGAUACAAGUCACUCUUAACUGCUCUUGUGAGGAGGUCCUUGAUUUAAUGACACAUUGAGCUGGUGGAUCUUUGCGUCAAGCAGGAUUAUUGCAGAUAAGAUCAGUGGUUUGGACUUGUUCAUGUUAUCUUGGGCAAUUAUGGAAGAAGCUAAAUAGAAGAAAAAAUUGCAAAGAAGCAUGUCUGUCUGUCAAAUUCAGUCUAUACUGGAUAUGUUCAAACUUGGGACUUCUGCUGGAACUGCAUUGCUAGUACCAUUCAAGGCCUUUUAUUGGAGUAAAUUCCAUUUGAGGCACAACAUCUUGUGCGGUGGGUGCAAGCAAGUCAUAGAUCUUGUGAAAUGCUCCAGGGGAUCACUGAACUUGUUUCGGAGGUGCAUUUUUUGACGUGGACUGCAACAGGAUGGCUAGCGAUGCUUACAUGGCGCUGGGUAGCCCUCUUCUACUCGCACGACGUACUCUCCAGCCGUUUCUUUUGUUGGACCGUCCCCUUGUUCCGCUUCUCGAGUGCUAAUUGAAUGUCUAGAGCAGGGUUUACAAAUGCGUUUGAGCACUGAAAUGCGUUCCCCAGCGCAUUCUUCGAAUAUCGAUCGAAAUUCGAAGAAUUCAGUGAGAAUUCAGCCAAAAUUUGUAAAUUUUUUAAUUUAAAUUCAAAUUCAACCGAUGAGCAUCGAUUUUCGUAAUGCGACUGAGAUCGAACCAGUCUAUAUUCGUUGAUAUUUGCGAAUAUCUUUCAAAUUUGUAAGCCCUGGUCUAGAGUCGAUUCUUGCGGGAGCUGUCGAAGGGGAAGGAGUGGGUCGAUUCAUGAGGCAAUGGAAGGGGAACUGGCAGGGUGAUUGGCGACUGAAUCAAAUGAGAAGCGGUGGUGCUUCGUCGCCCGGGUAGUACUGAAUCAAAUUAGAACAUGCUGAGUUCCAAUUCUUGUGCUCCAAGAUCGUGCGAUCGAGAAGAUACAGAAGCUCCCGAGGCCGUAUUUGGCUACAGAUCAGUUCUUGAUGUCUACCAGCUAAUCGCAAUUGUACGGUUUUACUGCAAGCGUUAGUAGUUUUGUACGGAGUAAAAUGCGCCAUGGGUGCAAAAAGUUGUAAAGUGGGUGCAGUUUCGUUAUUUAUAUCUAUACUUGUAUAAUAUGUAUG